AUGGUGGGCAUGAACCUUUUCACCAACCUGGCCACCGUCUUCCUCUUUCUGCUCGUUCGCUUCUGCUCUUCGCGCUACUCGUCCAUCGCCGACCCCUCCACUGGCGAAAAGCUCACCGAGAAGAACAAGAAAGUCGACUUCAAGAAGGUCGUCGAGAUGCCAUGGCCGUUUUGGUGCAUAAUGGCUUUCACGAUCUUCCAGACCACUACUGCAAAUGUGUUCUCCCAGAAUGCAACGGAGCUUGCUGAGCAACGCUUUGAUACUGAUUCUGUGACGGCAGGCUGGUAUACGGCUGUGUUGCAGUAUGCUGGUUUCUUCAUUGUGCCGUUGCUGGGUAUCUUCAUAGAUGUCGUUGGUCAAAGGGUUAGUGUCAUGUGCGUAUGUGGUGCGGGAUGCUUCAUCUCCAUGGCACUUGUCUGCUGGGCGCCUACCGUCAAGGGUACUGCUGCUGCAUUCGGGAUAUACGCUGCAGCAUACACUCUCGGACCCACGGUGAUUAUCGAUUCCAUCAGGACUUCUAUGUGGCAUCAAGGCGCAUUCGAAACAGUNAUGUCCUGUAUCAUCCGCAUCCUCACUGGCGCUCUCCAAGACGCAGACAACAAUGCCUACACCCGCGUCGUCCGUGUGUACGCUUUCUUUGGUUGCGCGUCUCUAUGCGUCUCGCUCAUCAUCCUUGCUCUGUCGUUCGUCUCACCGGAUCUUGGUCGUUUGCAGUGGAGCCGCAAAAAGAGGUUGCUGCAAGGCAACCUCAUCAAUGAGAGGUUGGAGAGGUUUGAGGGAGCAAUGAGGCAGAGAAAUAAGAGAAUUUCGGUGGUGUGUUUUGGGUUCACCAUGAUGCUUAUGCUUGGAGGAUGGAGUGCUUACUUCUGGGGCGUGGCUACUGGAAACAACAAGUAG